AUGAUAAUGCUUUUGACUCGAGCAGCCGCUGCCGCCGCCAUGGCAGCUGCAAUGGCGGCCGCGGGCGUUGCCGGGGGUCCGGGAGGCGGCGCCGGAGGGCCAGCAGGUGCGGCAGCCGCCAUGAUGGAUCCUGCCGGGUUUAUGGCGACAAUGGCCAGUCUGGCUGCCGCGGCUGCUGCGGCGCAACAUCAAGCCGCCGGUCUGCCGCCCCCAUCAGGAGGAUUGUCUCUCGGCGGUGGUGGUGGUGGAGGCGGAGGGCUGUCUUCCGUCUCCUCUUCUUCGUCUGGCGGAGGCAGCAACACAACGACCGCAAUCUCCGGUUCCAAUCACUCCGGUCACGGCGGACUCGGCUCCUCCAAUCCCUCGGGUCCUACGGAUCUGUCUGCUCCGCACCACCACCACCAUCCCGGCAACCCCCACCACGCACACUCUGGCGGUCACCACGGCGGCCCACCCUCCUCUGGCGGGCCCGGUGGCCCAUGCGUCUACUCCCCCUUCGGCCCGGCCGGAGCGUCGAAUUCAGCUGCUGCCGCCGCGGCCGCUGCCGCCGCUGCGGCCGCCGCCGCGGGUCUCGGACCCGGGUUCCUUCCACCACUCGGCGCCGGGGGCACCCCUCCCUCGGGCCUCUUCUCCUCCGGCGGUCUGGGCAGCCACGGGCAGCCCGGCCUCGGGGCGCCCAACCUGCAAGUGUCGGGGCCCCUCGGUCCACCGCCCUCCUCGGCCAACUCGUCGGCCAACAGUUCCGGUCCUCUGCCGCCCGGCGCUCUCUCCAACGGCAAUGCGGCGGCGGCGGUAGCGGCCGCUGCCGCAGCUGCUGCCGCCGCCGCGGCCGGAUUCCCCACGGGACCGCUGACCCCCGGCGGGCCGAGCGCCUCCUCGGCCACGGGACAUUCGCGACGGCCGGCGUCUGCCAGUCAAAUGAUGCUGCACUCUGAGGAGAAGCGCAGUAAAAAGGUGUCAUUCGCUUUUGUUGCAUUUGUCCUUUCACUUUGCUUGCACCAUUCAAUCGCCUAUUCUUACAUGUCUUUGCAUUUCGAA